AUGAAGUCUACUCAGUUAGCCACGCUUGCUUCCCUUGCCUCGGUUGCUCUUGCGGACCUUCCUACCUUGACCUCGACCAUCGUGUCUAGCUCAUGUUCUUUGGGACCUUCCACGUUUAAGUUCUCCAAUGAUACUACGCCUGUGACGCAUGUUGCACCAGAAGCUGAAUCAACUUCCGACCUUGAGUCCACCCAGCUUCCCUCCUCCAGCUCCGAGGAAGUCAUUUACGAAACCGAUGUUGUCACCAAUGACAGCAUCUUCACCACUGACAGGGUCGUCUGCAACGGUGGCUCUUGCUACACUACCACCGGUUUGGAAACCUGGGUCACCACCACCGACACCAUCGAUGGUAUUUUGACGACUUACUUGACUCACGUCCCUGUGACAUCCACUGAAGGGACUGAGGCUUCUGCUGCAGCCACAACUACUCAGGCUCCAGAGUCUGUCGUCACUGAGUCGGAGAUUGGCACCACUGUCGUGAUCAUCACCUCCUGCUCUGACAACAAGUGCAAGCCUACUGCUGUUACCACCGGCUUGACUGUUGUGACCUCCACGAUUAAGGGCGUUGAAACCAUUUACACCACCUACUGCCCAAUUAGCUCUGAGCUGUCUGUCAAGCCAAAGAAGACUAUUCAGUCUACUACCGUCGCCACUGUCACAGUCUGUUCGGAAGAAGUGUGUCAAUCCUCAGCCGUUACUACCGGUGUGACCGAGUUGACCACAACCAUUCACGGUGUGGAGAGCAUCUACACCACUUACUGCCCAAUUGAGUCUUCCACCAGUGAGCAGCCUUCGGAACCUGUGAAGGAGAUCACCUCGUCUGAGACUGAGUACAUCACCAUCACCAAGUCCGAGGACCACGAAACCAGCUCUCCAGCACCUUCUGGAACGGUGAAUGUCAUCACCAACAACAUUGUGACUCAAUACUCUAAGAGCUCCUCUGUUGCCUCUGUGGUGCAGAGCACUACUCCUCUCGUUUCCACAUAUGAAGGUGCUGCUGCCCAAGCUGCUCCUGUGGUUUUCGGCCUCGUUCCAAUCGUUCUCGCACUUAUAAAACAUCUUAUUGUGGCCAAGACGUCGGUUCUACAAGUGUUCCAAAUCUCAAGUGAAACGUCUGAUAAAUCAAAAGAGAGCCACCAAUUGAGCUUGGUGCUGCAAUACCGUUUACAGGGAAAGGUUACUGACUUGAAGCCGAUCCGUACUUUGGAGUCGCCGAACCUUGACUAUCUUUUAGUGUCUACCGAGAGUGCUAAAUUCUCUUGCAUAAAAUGGGAUGCAUCAAAACAUACCAUUCAAACAGUCUCAUUGCAUUUCUAUGAACAUUUGAUGGAGGAAACCGCAUAUCAGCAAAACAAAAGCUCUCAGCUCAUCGUCGAUCCAAAUUCAAAUGCCAUGGCCUGCUUGCGUCAAGCCAAUGUGCUCAUCUUUUUACCCUUCCACCAAGUUGAAGAUGAAGACGAUGAUGACGAUGAUGAUGACAUUGGCGAUGAAAAUAUAGAUGAUAAUGAAGCCGAAGUAAACAACGAUGGUGAGAAAAAAGAGCAAAUUGAACCAACUUCUCCAAACGCAAGCAAGGAUGAACGAGCUCCACUUGUUCCCCUGGUUGAUCCGCUUGGUCCAAGGGCCAGAAAUAUCUCCUUAUUUGAAGAAAGUUUAGUGCUAGAGGUCAAUUCAUUGGAUAGCAGCAUUGGAGAAAUUAUUGAUUUGCAAUUCUUGGGUAAUUAUAGAAGACCGACUAUCGCAAUCCUUUCCCAAACGAAACGAACAUGGACUGGUCUUCUACCGGUUCAAAAGGAUAACGUUCAAUUCACUGUUUUAUCUCUCAAUUUGCGAGCACAGUCUGCAACAACCGUUUUGAAGGUUGAGAAUUUGCCUUAUGACAUAGACAGAAUUUAUCCUGUCCCGGGACCAAUUCAUGGCAGUUUGCUAGCUGGAAGCAACGAAAUAAUUCAUGUUGAUGGUGGUGGAAUUCUACGUCGAAUCGCUUUAAACGAGUACCUCGCAGACAUCACAAACACGCUGCGUGCCUUCACAGAUCAACUGUCAUUCAAUCUUAAACUAGAAAAUUGUGUAUUUGUCAAGAUUCCAAACGAGACAAAACUUCUCAUGCUUCUAAAGAAUGGCCAAAGCUAUUGCGUGACAUUUGAUAUGGAUGGUAAGACCAUCAAACGAAUGGUGGUUGAGGCUUUUGAGUCUGAAUCAUUCUCGCAAUGGAUACAUCAGCUCCCCGGCGAAAUUGCCUUGUUGGAUGAUGAUUUGUUAUUCUUUGCAAGCAAUGCGUGCGAUGCGGCAUUGGUUAGGAUUAGUUCGUCAGACAUGUCUACGUCCGUUGAAGCGAAUGAUAAUGUCAAAGGUGCUAACGAUGAUGAUGACGAUUUUUAUGAUGACUUGGAGGAUAGCAAAGCAACCAAUGGGUCAAAGAGGGGAAGGUUGGAGCUCAAACAGUACGAUUCACUUUCCAACAAUGGUCCCAUCUCCAAUUUUACGCUAGGCAAUUACAGCAGAGAGCGGUACGUCACCAAUUUGCCAAAUCCGAAUUACAAUCUGAUAUCCAUUUUUUCUACCGGUGGUCUUAACGAAUCUGGUCAUGUGAACAUUUUCACCCCGACCGUGCAACCUGAAAUUAAAACGUCACUUACGUUUUCUCAGCUUAAUCGUCUUUGGACUCUCAACAACAAGUAUCUCAUAACUUCUGACGAUCCUAACAAUAAGUCAGAAAUUUUUGAUAUCACACAAUCUUAUGCUCGUUUGCCGGCAAAGCAAUUUAUUCAUGACGAGCUCACGGUGGCAAUGCAUGAAUUGAAUAAUGGAAACUUCAUACUUCAAGUGACUCCGAAGCAUGUAAUAUUAUUCAACAAUAAGUUUAAAAGGAUCGUUACAUUGGACGAACAACUACAGGAAUUUUCAGAUGCAGAUAUCAUAACAAGUGUGUUCGAUGAUGGCUUUCUAAUGCUAUUUCUCUCCACAGGAGAGUUGUUGAUUUUCACAAUCAAUACAUAUAGCAAGUCUUUCACAAGGAUUCCUUUACCAAAGUUAUUGGAUGACGUUCUCAUAACUACGGGAUACAUCACCAAUUCUAGGGUUCUCAACGCUGUGACUAAAGACCUUUCACUUCUCACUAAUAGGGGUCAAAAGCGUCGCCGAGACGGUGAACAAACACUGAAGGAAGGAGGCAAGGAUGAUCCCAAGUCCAAAAUUUUUCUCGUUGUUACUGGUGACAACAGAAUUGUCGUCUUCAACAGAUUCCAUAAUGAAAAGUGCUUUCAAUUGAACUCGGUCAACAAAUUUAGUGAUUUGCUUUCUCUUGGUUUCUUCGAUAUCAAUGCAGGUGAGCCCGACCCAGUUAUCAAGCAAGUUGUUCUCAAUGAUUUGGGUGAUGAAACAAGCAAAGAAGAAUACCUCACCAUUUUGACGGUCGGUGGUGAAAUAAUAUGUUACAAACUUUUCUUCGAUGGAGAAAACUACAAAUUUCUCAAAGAUAUGGAAACCCCCAUCACUGGUGCACCACACAAUGCAUAUCCAGAAGGUACCUCGAUCGAAAGAAGGUUGGUAUUUUUCCCAAACAUAAGUGGUUUCACUUGCAUUCUUGUCACGGGAAUUGUGCCAUAUUUUAUCGUCAAAGGUAGGAAAGCAAGUGUAAGAGUCUUCAAGUUCCUGAAUAUUCCGAUCGUGUCGUUCGUCCCCUUUAGUGACGACAAACUUCAGAAUGCCCUCAUCUAUCUCGACACGAAAAAGAAUGCCAGAAUUGUUGAGAUUCCUAAAGUGUUCAACUAUGAGAAUAGACUCCCAAUGAGACGUGUCAAGGUUGGAGAAACCGUCAAGUCGAUAGCCUACCAUGAGGGAUCGGACACCUUCGUCUUGGCCACACUUCAGAAUAUUCCUUAUAAUUGCGUCGAUUUUGAGGGAAAUCCCAUAUUUGGCUUAAAACCUAACAAGCCACGAGAGGUAUCCUACAAAGGACUGAUAAAACUUUUGUCACCAAAGAAUUGGAGCUUCAUUGAUUCCAUCGAAUUAGAAGAAAAUGAAGUUGCCUUGCACCUCAAGACGAUGCCUUUAGAUGUUGGCAGUUCCGUGAAGCAUUACAAAAACAGAAAAGAAUUCGUUCUCGUUGGUACCGGCAAAUACACUACGGAGGAUCUUGUGGCCAAUGGUGCUUAUAAACUUUUAGAAAUCAUUGACAUCAUUCCUGAGCCUGGUAGGCCGGAAACUAACCACAAAUUCAAGGAGUUUACCCACGAAGACAUCCGUGGUGCUGUUACUUCGUUAUGUGAUGUUACUGGCCGUUUUCUCAUUGCACAGGGCCAAAAAAUCAUUGUCCGGGAUAUCAAGGAUAACAGCGCAGUUCCCGUCGCUUUUCUCGAUACUGCAGUGUAUGUGACAGAGACGAAGUCAUUUGGAAAUUUUGUGCUUCUUGGAGAUACGCUUAAAAGUGUUUGGUUAGCUGGUUUUGAUGCUGAGCCGUUUAGAAUGCUCAUGUUGAGUAAGGACGUUCAUGGCCAUGAUGUUGCAUGUGCAGAUUUUAUUGUGAAAGAUGGUGACCUUCAAGUUGUGAUUGCAGACAGUGGCGGUAUAUUGCACACUUUACAAUACAACCCAGAAGAUCCUGCGUCGUCCAAUGGUCAAAGACUUCUUCACAAGGCGACGUUCAACACCAACUUCUCUGUAUCUUGCAUGAAAAGUAUUCCAAAGUUCGAACAGUUCAACCAGUCAGUCUCAAGUGAAAGGCAAGCCUUCCAAACUAUUGCCUCAACUGCAGAGGGUGCAUUUUUCACAAUGGAACUUGACGAUAAGAAAGAUACCAAAGCGGCCUCGAGAAAGGCUAAGAGCGUUUCCUUUUCUGCCUCCGUUGGUGAGCCGACAGAUGAGAUAAAUAACUCUCAAGAGAUCACGGUUCCAGCAGUUAAGAAUCUACUUUGGCCAAAUCCAGCACACUAUCUUCUCAUCAUACAUGCAUUGUUUUCAAGAGGAUUGACACUGAAUCCCCUUGGCGUCAUGGGAGCAGGGAUAUCCAUUCUAGUCAUUGCACAGUGUAUCUACGGAUUUCUCUUGAUGCAUCUGAGCUCAAAUGCUCAUCAAGGAAGAACCAUAAAAGAAAACGGGCCACUUGUUGUCAUAACUGCUACGGUUGCAUCCCUUCUACUUGCCAAUGUUGUGUUUUGCAUCGUCAUUUUAAUGGGUGCACCACUUUCGAUGCUUGUUCUGGAGACCUACGUUCUCUCAAUUCACCUUUCGUUGUUGGUUAUUCAACCUGUCUUGGUACUUUUCAGGCUUGAGCACGAUCAAUUGCGUAAGUUUUUCAGCAUUGACAAUAUAUACUCUCAGAUAUUGUCGAACUCCGUGCUCUGCUCCUCGUUUUUCACGUUAGUUGGUGCCUGGAUAGCUGAUUACUCCCGGGAUAAGAUGAAGAAUCCGGAACUUUUUAAUCGUGCUUUUGAUCAAUACCUUGAGUAUGACGUUGGCGGUACCAACAUCUUAGAAACGGACAUUUUCGAAGAUGGGUCAAAUGAGAACCAGGUGCUGACUCGCAGAGUAUCACAGAAAAAUAGCAAGCUUCUGCUUUUGAAUUCAGUGGGCUUGAUCAUCGGAAUUGCUGUUGUCAUACUAUAUUACUUCAAUGGACUGUUUCAAUCCUAUGAGCAUAUGCGGCAGAUCGACGCCAUAGAGGAGAAGUUUUCAAGGCUUGAGGCUCUCUCCCGUGAACUCGACGAGCUUGAAAAAUCCAAUAGACAGCUUGUCCAGGAUAAACAAACUGAUCUCAUUGUUGAAAGAGUCCCACUGCACGAAAAUAUCCCAAAUGAACCACUGGACGAUAAUCCGGAUAACGUCUUGCCACAAAACGAUUAUAAGCAAAGAGACAAAACUCUCACAUCUUUAAGAUUGGAGGGCGAUGCUCUCGAUGACUUUGUCUUACGAUCCAUCUCUCGAUAUAUCACCAGGUUUGUUCCAGUGUUCAUGAAAGACCAUAAAAUUAGAUACACCACGGAGUUCCAUGAUUUUAUUCGCAAUAUUACUAAGGAAGAAUUAUCCAAUUAUCAACAGCUCGAAACCCAUAAAAAAGAGACAAAUGACAAGGGUCAAGUGGGCGACGCAAUUUUUGGAGAACACGAUAUACGCGACUUUAUACGGCAAGAGCUCAAACAACAAAGAGGGGGACCUCUUUUAAAGGCAGAUUUAUGCCCCGAUGAAUUCGAGGUGGGUGACUUCAGUACAGAGCUUGAGCUCAACACCAUCGUUUUGCCGUCGAACCUAACGAAUCUCAAUAUUCCCCUGAGGGAUCUAUAUAUCGAGCUUGAGUCUAUGGAGGAGCCUACUGGGGUCUUUGAGAUCAUAGCAAACGGCCCUGUGUUACCCGAGGAGUAUUCAAAAUCAAUUCCCUGGUCACCACUGAAACCUGCUGGGGAGCGAUCAUUCCCAGCAACUGAGCUUGGUGACGACCUUUCUACUUAA